GCGACUGAGCCGGAGUCCGGCGAGCAGACCGCCCGCUCCGGUGCUCUGGCCAGGCCGGUGACCCGGAGGCGCCUCUCCGCCGCCCGGAGCGGGCCGCCCGCAGCAUGGCGCCCUUGCGGGCAGUGGCGCUGUUCCUGGCGUCGUGGGGAUGCGUGGCCAGCGGGGUCCGCGCAGCAGAUGCCUCCAGCCCACAACCAUGGAGUAGCCAGCUUUGUUCCUGGCCCGUCACGCCAAGAAUCAUGCAGGGCAGUCGGCCCAUCGGGUUGAAGGUGGCAGCGUUGGGUCCCAGCGGUUUCCCUACAAAGCUGCAGCUUUCCUUAGACAUCGAAGGACAAACUCUGCUUCUGGAUUUGGGACAGAAUCGGGAGCUUGUGAUGGGCACCCCAGGGUUAAUCUAUUACCUCCCCAACGGGACACAGACUUUGCAUUCAGCUGACCCAGAGGGCAACUGCUGUUACCUGGGUGGCAUUCAAGGGCACCUCAACUCUUGGGCCAGCAUCUGCCUUUGCUCCGGCUUAAGUGGCCUCCUUACCAUGUCCAGGUUUAGAAGCUACAGCUUGGAGUCUACCCCGGAUGGGCAGACCAGGGCCUACAGACUCGAGGGAAUCAAGCCAGCAAUGGGGCCUUGCAGGCGGAGCAGACGGUUUCACCCACAACUGGAGCCCAAGCGGGCGCCGCCUCAUCGGGCAAAGCGAGAUGCGGAGGCUGAGCAUGGCUACGUGGAACUGGUGAUAGUGGCCGACCAGGCUGAGUUCAAGCUGGAUCCUAACAUCAGCCGGACUCAGACACGGAUCUUGGAAAUUGCCAGCCACAUGGACGGGUUUUACAGGAUGCUGGGUCUGAGGGUGGCGCUUGUCGGCGCCGAAGUCUGGAACAACGGCAACCAAGUGUCGACAAACGGAACGGCUCGUGAAAUUCUAGAGCAAUUUCUCAAGUGGAGGGAGAAGGAUUUACUGCCCCGGAUUCCCCACGACAGCGCUCAGCUCAUUGUAGGUCCCCCGUUUACCGCUGGCGUAAUUGGGGCGUCUACCCAGGGGUCCAUCUGCUCGAACCGCUCCGGUGGGAUCAGCAUGGGCCAUUCCGUUAGCCCUUUAAUCAUGGCUUCCACUCUUUCGCACCAACUUGGGCACAACCUUGGCCUCGCCCACGACGGCGACGGCUGCGGAUGCAACAGUUCCACCCGUCCACCGAGCCGUAAAUGCAUCAUGGAAGCCCCAACGGGGAUCAUGCCCGGGCUGAGUUUCAGCACCUGCAGCCAGCAGCGGGUCCAGGAAAUCCUACAGAGCAAUCGGAUCGGCUGCCUGCUCGACCGGCCCGAGCCAGGCCGCCUGGUGAAGUCCCACUGCGGGAACCGCUUUGUGGAAGCCGAGGAGCAGUGCGACUGCGGCCUGCUUUUGGAGUGUAAGGAUCCUUGUUGCAAUGCAAGCGUGUGCCAACUGAUGCCUGGAGCCCAGUGCGCCACCGGAGAGCUUUGCUGUCACCAAUGCAAGCUACGCAAUGCCGGACACGUCUGCCGCGCGGCCCGGAACGAAUGCGACCUUCCUGAAUUCUGCGAUGGGGCCUCUCCACGCUGCCCUUCCAACUACUACAAGCAAGAUGGGACCUUGUGUGAAGGAGGCAAAGCUGUGUGCUAUGGGGGGAUCUGCCCCACUUACUUAAGCCAGUGCCAAGGACGUUGGGGGCCUGAUGUGAUUCCUCUCUCGGAUGGCUGCGUGGCGUCUCUGAAUCAGAGAGGUGAUGCGCAAGGGAACUGCGGGCAAAACCCCAAUGGAUCCUACAUCUCGUGUGCUAAGAGCCACGUCCAGUGUGGGCGGCUGCAGUGCGAGAAAAAACGAAAUGGGACGUUUAGGACGCCCAACUGCAUGCAUGAUGCUCUUACUGUGGCCGUCAGUUCUGAUGUUCUGGAUGAGGCCGUGGUGCUAUCGGGGACUACUUGUGGGCCCAGCAAAGUUUGCAUUGACAAACAAUGCCGGGAACUUUCCUCGUUAAAAUUUCCGGUAUGCAAAUGCAAUGGACGUGGGGUCUGUAACAGCAGAGGACACUGCCAUUGCCAGCCCGGCUGGGCACCCCCGAAUUGCCAGAACGGUGGCCUCGGGGGCAGCGCCGACAGCGGCCCGCCUGCCCCAGGGGAAGCGAGCCGAGCCACCCCGACGGUGCUUGUUCUGAUCGCUCUCCUCCUGGCUGCGUUGCUCAUUGUCGGUCUCUGCUUCGCAAAACGGCUUGGUCUCCACAAACGCCUCUGCCAGUUUGGGAAGGGGACAAGCUGCCAAUACAGGAUCACCCAACCAGAAGCCCGGAGUUACAGCAAAGCCCCCCCAAACCGUCCACGUCCCCCACAGUGGAAGCAUAGCACAGAACUUCAGCUCAUGCCAACUUCUAAGCCCGUUGCUCUGGGUGCCGCGCGGCCUGACCCACCCUCCAAGCCGCUGCCGCCUGACCCGAUCCCAAAGAAUCAACAGGCCUCCGCUGGGGACCGGCCAGCCCCUCCUAUUCGGCCGUUGCCUCCCAACCCUAUUCCUAAAACUCAGUCUCCUGGCCCCCCCAAGCCUCCCCCUCCCCAGAAGCCACUGCCUUCGGAUCCGCUCCGGCCUCAGCUGUCUGCCGUGCCCAGCUGUGACCCUGAAGUCCAGAUGUUGCCAUCCAGACCAGCUCCUCCACCCCCUGCCACGCUGGCCAGCUCUUCAGGACACAGUCGUGAAAUUUAAUCUGGUUCGUUUGGACCAAAGGAGCCAUCGAAGUCACUUCUCGUCCCCCGGCAGAAAGAACCCCCCCGCCGUCCUUCCUGUUGCUCGCUUGGCUGAUUUUGGCUGUAGAUUUUGCAGAGCGUC